AUGUGUUUCCCUACUGAAGAAGGCGGAGCUGGUUUCAGAUCUUUGAGUGACUUUAGUGAAGCUUUGGCUAUAAAGAGGUGGUGGAGGUUCAGAACAUGCAAAUCCUUAUGGGACGAACUCUUGAAAUCCAAAUAUUGCAGACUUGCUCACCCAAUGUCCAAGGUUUGGAAGAACGGUCAAUCUCAUGGAUGGAAGAAACUACUACAAGUUAAAGACAAGACUGAGGAACAUAUGCUAUGGAGAAUCAACUUAGGGAACUCUAGCCUUUGGUGGGACAAUUGGACCAGAAUGGGGCCAAUCGCCCAUAUCAUAGCCUUUGAAGAGACACCACCAGAUCAACAAGUUAAAGAUUUAAUUUACGAGGGUCAAUGGCAAAUUGAUCAUUUGCAUCUACCUGAAUAUUUGGCUGAACACAUUCUCAAAGUUGUUAUUGGUGACCCAAACAGUAUUGACACCUCUAUCUGGAUGCCUCAUCCAAAUGGCUUCUUCACAACUUCCUCAUGUUGGGAGAUAGUGAGGCAAAAACAAGUCAAAGACGAUAUCCUUAAAAGGAUAUGGCACAAACAUAUUCCUUUUAAAAUGUCCUUUUUGGUCUGGAGGUUACUAAAAAGAAAAUUGCCUUUUGAUGAUGUAGUUCUUAAAUUUGGACUGAAUCUAGCCUCUAGAUGUUGUUGUUGUAGACUGUCACAAGAAGAGACAAUGAUGCAUACUUUCUUGACUGAGGAACUAGCAGUUAACAUGUGGAAGACCUUCUGUAUUCCAUUGGGAAUAGAAUGGGGAGCUAGGUCGAUCAAGCUUUUACUUAUCAACUGGUGUUCAGCCAAGCCUAAGAAUAGCCUACACCAGGAACUUCUGAGAAUUACUCCUGUUAUCAUAUGUUGGGAAGUUUGGAAGGCAAGGUGUGCCUCUAGAUAUGGGUCUCAAAGAGUUUCUGCUAUAAGAGUGAAACAUCAGAUAAUUUAUCACUUGAGAUGGGCUAUCUCUAAAUACCAUCGCGAUAAAGACUGGUCUUGGAAUUGGUUCGAAAUUUGUGAACAAGCUAUCGCACUUGUCCCUAGAAUUGAUUGUGUCAUUGUUAGGUGGGAAAGACCUCCUCAUCAAUAUGUUAAAAUCAACACCGAUGGGAGCAGAAAUGAGGAGGGGAUGAUUGGUGCUGGUGGCAUAGUUAGAGACUCGACAGGCACGUUAGUUAUGACAUUUGCACAAUCGUUGGGGGAGAGGAACCAUCAUAUUAGCAGAAGAAAUGGCUGCAACUAUUGGCAUCAAAUGGUGUAG